AUGUUUGAUCCGGUCCUCGGCAUGCCCGAGUGGCUUUCGCUUGCAAGGAAGCUGGUCCGCGGCUUGGAAUGGCUGCAUUCGCGUGCCCAGAUCGUCCAUGGAGACAUCAAGCCGCAAAAUAUCCUGCUCAGACCCCGAGAAUCGUCCGAUAGUGAUUGCGCAAAAGACCAUCUAUUCCCUUAUGAACCCCUCUACAUAGAUUUUACGUCCUCGUACGACCCGUCCACCACCGGACUUAGCCCACAGGGUCCCAGCCCCUCACUGUCAGCCCUAUCACCGCCUUUCGCCGCACCUGAACUGCUUACGGUCCAAUCUCUGAAAUCCACCGAGGUGGUCCAAUCCAAGGGCUCAGACGUGUUCUCCUUGGCGGUCACACUGCUCGCGGCUGUCACUGGCGACUUGCUGCUGCAUCCUGGAUCAAGCAAUAUGCAGCGGUUGGCCAUGUCGAGGGAGGGUCAUCGGGUCUUGGAUCAUGUUAGGUCUGGCGUGCAUGGCUCGAGGCUGCCAAUAGGGGGCAUCGUGGAAAAGAUACUCUCCCCGGCUGUUGUGAAGGAUCCGGAGACCAGAAUCAAGCCGGUUGACUGGCUCCGGAUGAUUGAGGAUGUUAUUGCUGCCGAGGACCCGCAUGAGUGA